GCAGCAAAAACACACAAAGACGACCCAUCAUAUCUAAGAGCAAGAUCAUCCUCCAUUGCACCAACGCCACCAUCAAAUGGCAGGCCAGGUAAUGGAAGCUCAAGCGCCGCUGCAGCCUUCCAUGUCAUUAGCUCAGCUGCAGGCCAACUGCAAGAACGACCACCUCUCGACGACGACGAUGGCCACCUCCGGCUCCACCACCACCACCACGGCGGCCGAGAUGGCCGCCUACCUCCAGCACCUGCAGACGGCUGCGGGUGCGGCCGAGGGGAACAACUACAACGGCGGCGGCGCACGAGGGGAGCAGUGCCCGCGGUGCGCGUCCCACGACACCAAGUUCUGCUACUACAACAACUACAACACGUCGCAGCCGCGCCACUUCUGCCGCGCCUGCCGCCGUUACUGGACGCUGGGGGGCUCCCUCCGCAACGUCCCCAUCGGCGGCUCCACCCGCAAGCGCCCGCGCCUGGCGCAUCCUCCGCCGCCGGCGAGGCGCUGCCCUCCGGCACACGUCUUUGGUGGCGCCGCGCUCCCGAUGCCUCCCCCGCCGUCGCAGGGCCUCCUCAGCUCGCUGUUUUCGCUCGGCUCGGCGCCGCUGCUCGAGGGGCGCGGCGCAGGGUUCGACCUAGGCCUCGGGCUGCCAGCCGGGCCCUUCGGCGCCGGCGAGGUGGGCAUGCAAAUGCAAGGCCUCGGGCUCAGGGGUGGUGGCGGCGGCCCUGCUGGGGCGUCGGUGCUGCUCUGGCCCACCGGGCUGCUGGACAACGAGAGCAUAGACGCGUGGAAGGUGCCCGGCGCCGGCGCGAGUGCAGCAACGUGGCCGGAUUUCCCUGCGGCGGCGACAACCGCGGCACAGGCCGCAGGGCUGCUGCACGGUGGGGCCCAGCUCAUGUGA